UCUUCCUCCGGCAGCGAGAGAGGGAAGACCAGCGCUCUGUCAUCGGGUCUACAAGGACUGAGGAAUAUGUUGCCUCGGGUGUUGUCAGUGGCGCUGGUGUUGGCAGGGGCGCUGGUGGCGGGCCAGAUAGUGUUCCCGAAGAAUGAGGACCCGAGCCAGGCAGCGGCGGGAGGAGCGGCAGGAGGGAAUCCCACGAGAGUAAUUAAUUCUCAAGGUCCCAGCGUCGACGGCCGUCAGGGCAACGCCAACAUCUUCUUCCCGAAGAGCGAGGAGCAAGAGCAGAUUCUGUGCAUCACGUACAAGAACGAGCCAGGCAACUGCCGCCUCUUGGCGCAGUGCACGACCUUCUUCGCCGAAAUCGCCGAACUGUCACGCUCUCCUUGCACCAUCAACGGCGAGCAGCAGGGCGUGUGUUGCCCGCCCACGAAGCAGGCCACGACGGACAUCGGCGUUCUGAUCAGCAAGCAACCGACGCCCCUGGACGAGCCAGUGCCGAGCCUGGAGGUGCGGCAGCUGAACCACGCGUGCGAGAUGGGGAUCAGCCAGAUCACGGCCAAGGAGGCGUUCGAGGAAGAGCUGCUGAAGAACAACAUCGUGGCCGAGAAAGGGUCUCCGGUGGCCCUCCACGCACAGCUGUUCCAGACCACAGACAAGAUCGUGAAGAAAUCCAAGGAAGCAGAGAUGAACGUCGCGGCGUCAGUCAAUCUUGUGAAACAAUUUAACUUAACGAAGAGCCAGGGAGGUUUCGGGCUGCCCAGGUUUGGUGUCCAGAAUACCAUCAUCGCCAACACGUGCCCCCAGGAGCCCCUGUGCCCCGAUACCAAGUACCGGGCCUUCGACGGUACCUGCAACAACCGCAGGAAUAAGGAAUGGGGCAAAGCGGGCACCGCCUUCCAGCGUAUCUUGCCUCCGGACUAUCAUGAUGGUGUGAACAUGCCCAGGCAGUUCUCCGUGACCGGGUCCCUCCUGCCUUCCCCGCGCUCGAUCUCGUCGCGUGUUAUCGUCGACCGAGAUUCACGCUACGACAACUUCACGAUCCUCAUCAUGCAGUGGGGGCAGUUCCUCGACCAUGACAUAACCCACACGCCCAUUACGAAGGGGAAGGACAAAUCCGACAUCACGUGCUGCAAGCGAGGGCAGCGCAGGGAGCCCCGGGAACUGCACCCCGACUGCCUGCCUAUCGAGAUCCCAGACACAGACACCUUCUUCAGUCAGUUCGGGCAGCGAUGCAUGGAAUUCGUGCGGUCGAUGCCGGCCGUUCGCCCCAAGUGUAAUUUCGGGCCCAGGGAGCAGAUGAAUCAGAUUACUUCGUUUAUUGAUGCAAGCAACGUGUACGGAUCGACGGAGGAGGAAGCAAAGCCGCUGAGGUCCUUUGUUGACGGGAAGCUGAAGGUGAAGACGCAGAACGGGAACGACCUCCUUCCGCCGCACAGAGAGGAAUGCACCGACGCCUCCAGGCAGUUCCAUUGCUUCAAAGCAGGCGACAGCCGCGUGAACGAACAGCCCGAGCUGGCCGUGAUGCACACCGUAUGGAUGAGGCAGCACAACAGGCUCGCCGAGGGCCUGAAGAAGCUCAAUCCGGGCUGGGACGACGAGGUGCUGUACCAGGAGGCGCGCAGGAUCGUGGCGGCGCAGAUGCAGCACAUCACCUAUAACGAGUACCUGCCCAUCGUGUUGGGCCGAGAAUUCAUGGAAGUGUUCGGACUCGUGCCCAAGGAGUCUGGCUACGCCUCCAACUACCGCGAGGACAUCGACCCGAGCAUCAACAACGCCUUCGCAACCGCUGCCUUCCGAUACGGACACACGCUCAUCCACGGCACCAUGGAAGGCUACAGCAAAUUCGGCACCAUCGACCGCAACUUGCGCCUGAGUGAGCACCAGUUCUCUCCCUUCGUGCUGUAUCAGCGGGACGGCGUCGAUUCCCUCCUACGUGGCCUCUCCAUCCAGGCCAGCCAGAAGUUCGACCACUUCUUCAGUGAGGAGGUAGGGGCGUUGCAUCUGAAUUGCCGCUCGUCAGACUUCAAUGACUCAAUUAUGGAUCUCAUCGCCUGUUCUCCGCCCUGUUCUCCCUGGCAGGUGAUCAACCAGCUGCGUUCCCUGUACCUGCACGUAGAUGACAUCGACCUGUUCAUCGGCGGCAUCGCAGAGAAGCCAAGUGCGGGGUCUCUGCUCGGCCACACCUUCCUCUGCAUCGUCGGGGACCAGUUCGCGAGGCUCAGGCUGGGCGACCGCUUCUACUACGAGAACGGAGGCCUAGAAUCCUCGUUCUCCGAGCUGCAGCUUCAGGAGAUCAGGAAAACCACUUUGUCCAGAAUCAUGUGCGAUAAUUCCAACCUGGACAUGAUGCAGCCGCUCGCGUUCGUCGACGCCCAUCUCGCGAACAAGCGGGCCGUGUGUAAGUUCGGGACCCUCAUUCCCGAGAUGUCGCUGGAGCCGUGGCGCAACGAGCCGGUCUGGGUGUAGGCGCCCGUGGUCUUCCGAGGCUCUGAGACGCUCGCUUGAUGCUGUUCGUUUUGCGUGCUGGCCCCGUCCGUGUACUUCAGCUCCGGUCCUUUCAUAAUUCGGUUGUAUUUUUGUGAUGGAUUUUUUUCUUUGAGGGGGGAAUAUCAUCUAUUAUUUAUUUUGCAUAGGCUUGUAUCUUCACGACCGUAUGUUGGUUUUGUAAUUAAGUUUUUUUAGGAUUCGGUUCUUUGUUGGUUUUAUGAUGAAGUUCCUCUUAUUUGGGAAAGGAUUUUAAUUAAUCUCUUUCUUUACAUAGACCUAUCUACAAGGCCGUACUUGCUUUUAUAAUUAAGCCUUUUUGUGAUUUUUAUUUAUUGAUUUUUAUUAUUGUUUGGGCAAGAGUUGAGGCAUUGCAGAAAUAGGUUACAACUAUAAAAUUGAUAUGAAUGUCCUCUCUUUGCAAAACAGAAAUUCAAAGUUUUUUUUUUUAUAGUACUUUUAAUAACCAUGUUAAAAAAAAAUAUAUAUAUAUAUAUAAAGAUUCUUCAUUAAUAGAGAAUUUGGGUUGAAGGGUCAAAGUUCUUUUCUCUUUGUGUAGUAACAUGGUGAGAAAACAGGUAGGCAUUUACCAAUAAACACUAUCCAUUUUCUUUUGAAAAUAUUCAUCUUAGAAUACAAUUCAUAUAGUUUCACAUGCUGCAUAUUUCGGUGCAUAAAUGAACACGUUUUGCAAAAGCUAUCAUGUGUCUUAAAAGAUUACAUUUGUUUGCGCACAUUUUAAGGUAUAUGAUAUUAUUUAUUGUGACUUGAGUCCCCAAUAAAAUAAUUCCUUUGAUUUUAAA